GCCAGUUAGAGCAGAGAUGAGUUACCGUGGUUACUGUGGUUUGUCAACCUAUACACUAAAGAGAGGAAAACUAGGAAUCUAAUUCAUAAAAUAUGGACCAAACAAGUGCAAGGAACCUGUCCAGAUUCAUAACAAGCUACAGGGCACAAGAUGCAGAAAAACUGACACUGCGGAUGAAAAAUGGUGUUGGCAGCCCCAAGUACAAACUGGCUGAAUAUGAAACGCUGCGAGCCUUUGUUGAUGCCAGACGUCGGGAGUACCAUCUCAUUGGACAAAAGGUUGAGAAGACGUGCUGUGCAGCCAAGGCAACCAAGGAGAGCUCCUUAUUACGACAGCACCGGCAGGUGUGGAGCAAAGAAUGUCCCAGGCUGCAAAAAGCUGAGGAGCAGGCAGAGGAUGAUAUCCGAAAAUUCUUUAAGGAGAUUAAGCCAAAUGAUAUAACAGACACUGCCGUCUUCUUACUUCAGAAAUACAGUAUAUAUCUUUGCUGUUCAGGGCAAUCUCUUGAAAAGGAACGGAAAGCAUUCAGAGUAGCUACUGUUGUGCCUCUGUAUCAGCUCAAAGACGACCUGUGCUUCAGGCUGGCCAAGAUGGCGGAUCAGCACCUCAGUGAACGCAUGUCAAACUGGGAACGCAUAAAGCGACAGAUCAAUUCUGUGAAAGACCAACAAACAGAUGUAAUUGCAAAGCUUAAUGAAGAGUACCAGGACAUAGAGCAGCAGAUCAAGGACUUUGGCUUUGAGAAAUACUAUAUUGGUACUCCAUAUAUUGUGGUGAGAUUAGAAACCAUUCCUGAGGAGGUUUUGAAUGCAAACUGCCCUUAUCCAGAGCUGAAGGACUCGCUGAUCCAGGCCUUCCAGUCCCUCUCAGACAGGUUCCAGGACAAACUCCAGAAGCUGACAAAGCAGCUGCAAGAAAAUGACAUGUACUGUGACUGGAGUCCAAAUGACCAUCAACGUUUCCAGUUCACAGUGUCUACGUACACUCAUGAUGUCCCAAACUACAGAGCACUUUGCAUUGACAUGCUGCAGAGACAGUUUCCUGACAGGACACGACUUGAACUGUUGAAACAUGGACGUAUCUGUGACAUGCAUCGAUUCAUCCAGAAACAAAUAAGAGUCAUGACCCAGCAGUGGCAGCGAGACACGCAGGAGCUCCUGGACAGGGCCCUGGACACGCUGCAAGAGGCGAAACACGCCCACCAGGAGGAGCUGGAGCACCACAGAGACCGCCAGCAACAGCAGGACAUCUGCCAGCAUCUCAAAAAGAAAGUGCAGCAGUGGCGGGCCCAGCAGGAGGAGGUGGCUAAGCUGGAGGCAGCUAUAGCAGCAAGACGUCAAGAGGAAGAAGAGGAGAGAUUAAAGAAGGAGCAGGAGAAGGAGGUUGCCAUGAGAUUCAACCAGAAAGAGAAACUGAGACUGUUUUAUUUAAAGCAGCAGAGAAGGAGGGAGUUGCUGGAACAGAGGGAUCAGAAGGCACUCGCAGCUCUUAGGAGCGCCAUGGAAGAACAGGCGAGAAGAGACAGGGAGAGGGUGCUGUUUCGCGCUGAUGUGUUGCAGAAACGAAUGAGGGAGAGAGAAAGGCAGGAGCUGGAGCAGCAGAGGGAGGAACAAGAGAGGCAGGAUCGUCUGGAAGCUCUCAGAAAGCAGGUUGAGGUGAUGGCAGAGGCCGACCCAGAGAGGAUGAUGGCGGCUACAAAAGCUUGGAGGAGCAGACAAUUGAGUGAGACAGAGUUUGAGCUGCAGAGGCCUCUCUACAGUAUUAACACGUACACAGACAAACAGAUUGUGUCAGAUCCAAGACUCCGAGCUGAGCAAGCUUUCCGAGAAGCUGGAGUACACCAGAACCAGUAUGCCAAGGAGGCCCUGUCCCAAAUCAAGCCUCUUAAACCACCAAGGCGAGACACCAAAUCCACACUUAAAUUCUGACAAGAAUUGUGUUUGGCUCAUACUGUUUUGUUCCUAGCAUUUUUCUUUUCUCUUUCAUUUAAACCAGUAAAUAAAUUCAUGUAGCACUUUU